AUGGUGAACGUCUAUCGAGCGCUCGAGAAGCUUCAGCUGCCCAAGGGACUACACCACGAACGCAUCCAGUGGCUCUAUAGAGGACCCGCGUCGCUCCCUCGUGGCGGCUACUUACUCUACUGGAUGCAGACCGCCGUGCGCACGAAACACAACUACGCGCUCGAGUACGCCGUCGCUGCGGCCAACCAACUUGAGCUGCCGCUCCACGUGGUGUACCUCUUCCCCGACCGGUCUGUCCUGCCGCCGCUGCCCAAGUCGAGCGAUUCCGAAGACGAGUGGAAGGCCGAAGCGCUCCAAGACGCGAGUGCCCAUGCGUUCGUCACGGAACGCCACGCGCACUUUGCGCUCCAGGGGCUGACCGACGCCUACCAACGCCUUGCGAGUCGUGGCAUGAGCUUUGACGUCUUCCACCAUACCCAUCAGAAGCAGAAGCAGGACCAGGAGCAGCAGAAGCAGCAAGACGAGACCAAGGGACGUGGCUGCACUCGUCAGGAGCUGCUCGAGACGUGUGCUCGUCACGCUGCACUUGUGGUGACGGAUCGCCCGUAUUUGCGUCCAUGGCGCUCGUCACUGGACGCUCUGGUAUCGUCUCUGGAAGAGAGGGGAGGAGAAGGAGGGGAGGAACACGAUGCUGACGAUGCGGGCCACGCGAGUGCUGCUGGGUUUGGUCUUGUGCAGGUGGAAGGCGAAGUUGUUGUCCCGGCUGACGUUGCGUCGAACAAGGAAGAGUACGCUGCACGUACGAUCCGUUCCAAGAUCACAAAGCACUUGGACCGCUUUGUCGUGCCUUUGGAGAGCUUGACGCUCGAGCAGCCGUGUCGAACCGAGGGAAAGUCGCUGCUGAGUGUGCUUGACAAGCCCGAGCAGCUAAAGCUACUGGACGUGACGAGCGCGGAAGCUGUUGCGGAUACAUUGGCGCUGCUGGAUGUUGACCGCAAUGUCAAGAGCGUGGACUGGUGCUUUCGCGGAGGCGAGGCCGCGGCGUCGGCCUGUGCCAAAAAGUUCCUCACGCCAGACAAACUCGCCGACUAUGCGACGCAACGGAACGAGCCGAGUCUAGACGCUAGUAGCGACUUGAGCCUUUAUCUCCGCCAUGGACACAUUUGUGUCGUUCGUGUUGUGCUGGCUGCACACAAACUCAAAGGCGUGACGCGCGCGAAAGAAGGACUGAAUUCGUUCUUGGAGGAGCUCAUUGUGCGCCGUGAGCUCUCAGUGAACCUCGUGGUCUACAAUCAAGACAAUUACGACUCGAUCCGAUGUCUCCCGAAAUACGCGCAGAUCACGCUGCAAGAGCACGCCAACGACAAGCGUGACCAGCUCUAUUCGCGUGAGCAACUCGAGUCGUUCCAAACAGGCGACAGGUUCUGGAAUGCAGCCCAGCGCGAACUAGUAGUGUCUGGCAAGAUGCACGGCUACAUGCGCAUGUACUGGGGCAAGAAGCUGCUGGAAUGGACACGGACUCCUGACGAAGGGUUUCACGCCGCAUUGGUCCUGAAUAACAAGUACGCCUUGGAUGCACCCGAUACGAACUCGUACGCUGGCGUGGCCUGGGUCUUUGGAAAACAUGAUCAAGGCUGGCGGGAACGUCCCAUAUUUGGCAAAGUGCGCUACAUGAACGAGGUUGGCCUCAAGCGUAAGUUUCGGAUGGACGCGUAUGUGCUCAAGGUGGGUCGCCUGGCAGCAAAGGCCAAAAAAGGAUCGAACGGGACACCAGCGGCUGAGGAGGACGUGGAUCCUGCGAAACGUGGACACGAAAAGACUGAAAAGACAGGAUCGGUCGAGAGCGAUGCCGCUGGACCUGCAAAGAAAAAGAAGGUGUAG